GGGCCCGCAGCAUCUCGGCUGCGGUGUUUUUGUCUCUGUCUGUCAGUGAGCGCUCCUGGGCCGAGAAGGCUGAAAGGAUUCCCAGAAGGAAGGUGCUGACUGUUACAGGGGAAAGAAAAGGAAAGAAGAGAAGGAGGCUGGGGAGGAGAACACUCAUCCUCACAGCACAAACAGCUGGUGAGAGUUUGUGUGGCUCAAAACACAGACUCAGCAUGGCUCAGGUGCUGCACAUGGACCCCACCUUCCCAGGGAAACUCAACUCGCCGGCUCCUCCUUCCCUGCACGCCAAAGAGCAGGAGGCGCCCUAUUCAGUGGAGACCCCCUAUGGCUACCGUCUGGACCUUGACUUCCUCAAAUAUGUUAAUGACAUAGAAAAGGGGAACACCAUCAAGAAAGUGUCUAUACAGCGAAGGCCGCGGUAUGGUUCCCUACCUCGUGGCUACGGCUAUACUGGCUCCUGGUGGACCUCCACAGAGUCUCUGUGCUCCAACGCCAGCAUGGACAGCCGGCAUUCGUCCUACUCCUACUGUGCCCCGGGCUAUCAUACAUCGCAGAGGCCCAGCUUCACUGCUGCUCGAGUGGAGAAGACUCUUUUAGAUGCUCGCAGGAAGCUGGAAGAGGAGAAAGAGGGCCGGAGAUUCUCCAACUUGGGCAGCAUGCACAGCAGCGUAGCCGGCUCCAACACCUCCAUCAGCAGCGCACACAGCUUCAACCGGGCUCAGGGUGGAGGUGGAUCCGUCACUAACUUGAGCUCUGGCUUGUCCACCCCCGUCACUCCAACUCCAGCUCACUUGCAGCACGUCAGGGAACAGAUGGCCGCGGCGCUGAGGAAGAUAAAAGAGCUUGAGGAGCAGGUGAAGACCAUCCCUGUGCUCCAGGUUAAAAUAUCUGUGCUACAGGAGGAGAAAAGGCAGCUCAGUGUCCAGCUGAAGAGCCAGAAGUUUCUCGGUCACACUCUGGGUUUUAGCCGUAGCCGUCCUCGCGGAGAGCUUUACAUCGACAUCCCUGAAGAAGAGGCCAGCACCGGAGCUCCCACCCAAAAUAAGACAGCAAUUCCGACAUCUCCAACCACACCCGAAGGCUCCAAGCAAGACUCGGGGUGUGAGAUUGAGGACACUGUGAUUGUGGGUGGAGCUCGACCACAUGGAAAGCGGGAAGUCCGCACUGUUGGAGUGGGACCAGAAGUCUUCCGGGGCAGCUGUGAUGUGGGGGUGUGGGUUCAAGAGAAGGACCUGGGGCUGCUGCCUGAGACAGAGGCCCUCAGAGAUCAAGUGGGUCAGCUUGAGGGCAAGUUAAAGAGGACACUGGAGGAGCUGCAAACUGCACAGCAGCAGAGCGCCACCGUUCAAGAAACCCUGCAGGUGGACCAUCCAGUGAUGGCCACCAGCAUCGGCUGGCAGGAACCACAAGGACGCAGUCUGCACAGCCUGGUCAGCUUCACACAGCAGCCACAGAGGCAACAGAGAAGUGUGGGGAUCCAGGUGUACACACUGGAAAAGUCAACUGUUGUGGAGGUGGGCACGCUGCUACGGGCGGAGUCCUGCAGCUCUCCAUCUCCUCGACCAGCGAGUGGAGUUACAGAGAGCCAGCACAAAGAAAAAACAGAAGAACAUCCAGUGGAGCUGCCAAUCGCAGUCAGCUCCAAACAGGUACGCAAUAUCCUAAGAAGAGGUUUGUCCACCUCAGUACCCAUCGCUAACGCUGCCGUUGCUGUAGCAACGGGCAAUCAGAUCAACUUGGUUCAGUCUGAAGAAGAGGAGACCAGCAGUUCCGUCCAGUCACAAGAAAACUCAUCUAAACCAGCCUCAUCUCCUCAGUCCUGUUUGAGAUCUAUCAUGAAGCGUAAGGCUGAAGGCGAACCCGGUUCUCCCUCCACCAAAAAAAACCUUCAGUUCAUUGGAGUCAAUGGAGGUUAUGAGUCCUCAUCUUCAGAUGAAAGUAGCAGUGAGAGCUCAGAUGAAGGGAGUGACUCCAGUGAAUAUCAUGAAGCCAGAGAAAAACUGCCAGAAUCCACCAUCCAGCACCAGCACAUAACCCUGAACACCUCCAAGCCACAAGAAGGAAACACAGGGGACCCUCAGCAAACUGCAGCCAACCCACCGGCUGUCACUCCAAACUCAAGUUCCAGCCAAGCUGCUGCUGCUGUUAACACAAAACUGCCAGACAAUGCUCCUCCGUCACCAGCAACAGACACUGUUUUGCAAAAAUGUGCCUCUCAGCCAACAUCAGAUUCCACCCAAACUGCUCCAGCCAAGGAUUCUUCCUCCAAAGAGACUUCUGACCGGUUAUCCGAAAAUACCCCCACACAGAAGAUACCUUCCACACUGCCUCACACUGAAUCUACUAAAGGACAAACGUCUUUGGUUACAUUCCAUUCAGCGGUAAAAACAAGUGAUGCCACAAAACAGCAAGACACUGCCCAGUCAGAAGCAUCUGCUGCCUCCUCCCAGCAGGACUCCAAGCCAGCAGCAGAAAGGGUUCCAAACAACUCCGGAGCAGCAUCUUCUAAUCAAGUCAGAGCUGAGUUGAGUAAAAACCUCAUGUCAGCGCUGCAAACUCUGCGGAAAGCUCUGGGGGAGCCAAAUGCUUUCAGCCAACAGGCAGCAAGGGAAGCCUACACCACUGUGCUGCAGGAAUGGCUGCGUGUGUCCUGUCACAAAGCAGCCGACACAUCUGUUGUCAAGGCCUACAUGGACACCUUUGCCUCGCUAUCCCCCCAGCUGCUGGAGUUUGUGAUCAACAUGGCAGAUGGGAAUGGAAACACCGCACUGCACUACACAGUCUCCCACUCUAACUUCCCAGUUGUCAAACUUCUGCUGGAUACUGGUCUGUGUAACGCUGACAAGCAGAACAAGGCCGGUUACACGGCCAUCAUGCUGACGGCGCUGGCUGCUUUCCACUCCGACAGCGACCUCCAGACUGUCCUUCAGCUGCUGCGCACUGGGGACGUCAACGCCAAAGCCAGCCAGGCUGGACAGACUGCACUGAUGCUGGCGGUGAGUCACGGUCGAGGGGACAUGGUGAGGGCGCUGCUGUCCUGUGGAGCUCAAGUCAACAUCCGGGAUGAUGACGGUUCCACCGCACUCAUGUGCGCCUGCGAGCAUGGUCACGUGGACAUUGUCCGUCAGCUGCUUUCCGUUCCAGGCUGUGAUGCAACCCUCACUGACAAUGACGGCAGCACCGCUUUAUCCAUCGCCCUGGAGGCAAGUCAGAAUGACAUUGCUGUGCUUUUGUACGCUCAUCUCAACUUUGCAAAGCCUCCUUCCCCUGUUUCACCUAAGUCUCCUCUUCUGGGUUCCUCUCCUCCUGCCGCUGAACCAAAAUGAGGGGGGCUCCUGCAGCUCACAUCACAGAUGCUUCUCAUCCAUGUUGUCAUGAAAAGCAAAGAACUGGUCUGCAUCCUCUGUCACACUAAAAUAUCUGUUUGCAUCGCAACAUGUAUAGCUUGCAACAUAAUAAUUUAAAACUUUUGUGUACAUCGUUGUUUUUACAUGUUGACUGAAAGUGUGAGAAACUGCUCAUUUGGUGGAUGUCUAGUUUUCGGUUUCAUCUGGACCAUUUUUAGUAGCAUUAGGAAGUCAAAACUAUUCACUUUCAUGAGUGUACACUUUUAUUUUUGUGUUUUAGUUAGCGGUGCAAUGCUAUUUCCAUCCCAUAAUUGUCCGUAGUUAUCAAACAGGAGCAUCAUUUGAUGCGAUUACUUGGAAUAACAAAAGCCACCCCUCUUGUAGAAAAAGUGUCCUUGCAUCAAACAUCAUUGGUGCUACUAAAUAAUAACCCACCUCAACAGUAUAUUAAUGUUGAUGCACCUGAUUUAUUUACAGCAGAGUAUUUUUAUAUUAGUUUUGUUAAUCUGACCUCUGAGUAUCAUGGUUUUAUGUUCAUGAAGAGGCAGAGUUUUUACUCCAGAAGGAACUUUUUGGUAUUGUUUUCUAACAAAAAACAAUUUUAAAACAUCUUUUCCUAAAGUUCAGCAUCAGUGAGAGAAAAAAAGCAGUUUUUCUCUGAAGGUUAGGGUACGGAAAUGCUUGGAUUUUGGACACAACGGUGAAUUUAUUUGAGGCAGGAAAACAAGGAAAGAUGAAGAUUUGUCAGAGAUAUGACCUUGGUUUUUAAAGCAUGUUCCAUGUAAUAUAUAUUAAUAUCAAAAUAAUAUAUAUCUGAAAAGAAAAACUCUGCACCAAAAUCUGACGGUUUUGAACAAAAAAGGAUACGGUAUUGAUGUCAAAUUUUUAUUACUUUUUAAAUAUUUUUGGUCUCAACUUUCAUACUCGAUUUUUGGUGAUGAAUUUUUGUAUAAGCUUAGAGAUUUUUUAUUUAAGUAUCUAUGUAUCUAUCUUUUUAUACAUUUUAGAUUUUUUAAGAUCACCUACUUUAUGUAAGCAUACAGCUCUCUAGAAUUGUUUUCCAACAGAUUAUGUAAAUUCUUGGCUGUGUCUCUUCUGGUUUGUGCAUUUUGGAAAGCAGUCGAUUAAUAAAUGUAGACCACCACA